GGACACAAAGUUAAGGGGAGUGACCUCAUCACACAGGGCAGUACAGACUCACGGACGCUUUGCUGGGCAAACACCCACCAUCCGAGUCUCUCUGCGCUGGGUCCUGCGCUGCCCAGCUUGUGGAUCUCAGAGAGCUGGUGGGGGUACAGCAUGUAGAAGACACAGAGUAAAGGGGCGUGAAUACAACACACAGGGCAGGACUCAGGGGUUCUGAGGACAGACUCACGGAUGCUUUCCUGAGCAAAUAAACACCAUCUAACUCUCUCUCUCUGCUGGGUCCUGCGCUACCCAGGUGAGUCGCGACAAUGGGCAGAGGGAUUCCCAGGCAGAGGUAAGAACCCAGAGGUCCUAGAUCCAGCCAGGAAUCUAGAACCCAUAGACUGAGUUUGAACACAUUGAGAGGCUUACAAGAAAUGAGAUUCCAGAUCCAGCUAGUGAUGCAGAACCCAAGGGAGUCAAUGAGGUUAGAACAGAUUGUGCAGGGCUGGUAGCACGGCUGUGGGGCAGGGAAGUAGGUCAGUGGAUUGAGGCUUCCUGUGUCACAUUGAGGUGAGAAGAACCCUGCCCAUUCUCACAAGUCAGGGUGUAGCAACAAUUCCUGUGGCAGGCAGAUGAGCUCAGAAGACAGUUUUGGGUGGGUGGCUUUGUCCAGCUUGUAGCAGUGACUUCCACCAUCACCAACUCCUGCAUGAUUGGAGUCAACAACACCUAUCCCCACCUCCCUGAGCCAGCCAGUCCCUGCCCUGGAGACAGAUUGGAGCUGGCAUCUGCUAGGGGGGGAAAAAGCCUUGUGUCCCAUUCCCCACCCCACCCCGAGCCGGUCCAUCACCCAGAUUACAGCUGUGUAUUUGACCUACUAGACUGUCCCCUUCCCCACUCCUCCCACAUUUGUUAGCACCCUUUUCCUCCUCUGCUGCCCAUAGUCCUAUCUUGUAGCAGGGAGUUCCACCGGCUAUAGCCCAGUUACGGAGAAUAUCCAGCCUGGAUAUUGUGGAGGACCAGAGGGUGCCCAGCUAGGUCCUAUCCAAUAGUGAGUUCCUAACCUCCUCUGUUAUUGCUUCAUUCCUCCUCCUCCACUCUUCCCUUUCCCCUUCACGGUCAUCCCUUCCAACUCCUCUUCUGUCUCUCCCCAGGGCACCAUGGACCAAGGGAACACGACUCUCCCAUCAACCACUCAGGUGAGUUCCAGUCAGCCCCCAGCAGCAGUGAACACCGCUCACCUGGCCUCUGCAGUGUUGCUCUUCCCCACCUUCCUGGUGGGUGUGCUGAGGAACGGGCUGUACCUGUGGGUGCUGGGGCUGAAGAUGAGGAGGACGGUGACCACCCUCUGGUUCCUCUCCCUGGUCUCCUGCAACCUCCUCUUCACCCUGAUGACCCCCUUCUUCAUCGUCUACCUCCUCAUGGAUUUACACUGGGUCUUCGGCACAGCCAUGUGCAAGCUCCUCUAUACCUUCAUCUCUGUGGAUAUGUUCACUUCUGCCUUCCUUCUCACCCUCAUCAGCCUGGACCGCUACAUCCUCACUCACCAUCCCAUCUGGUCCCGGAAUCACCGCACCCUCCCCCGUGCUGGGAAGCUGAUUGUGGGUCUGUGGCUGGCCUCCUUCGGUCUCAGCGCUCCCUACCUGGCUUUCCGGGAGACCCGUGAGGUGGAUGGGGGCAGGAUCAUCUGCAUCAGUAAUUACACCCUCUCCAGAGACUGGAAUGGAGCCGAGAUGCGGGAACUGGGCAGACAGGUCCACCAGGCUUUCUUCAUGGUUGAGUUCCUGCUGGGCUUCCUGCUGCCCUUCUGCACCAUCAUGGGAUGCUAUGUCCACGUUGGGCUGAAGAUGAGAGAGAAGAAGCUGGUGUGGGCAGGGAAGCCCUUCAAAGUCAUAGUGAUCGCGGUGGUUUCCUUUUUCCUCAGCUGGCUGCCCUACCACCUCUACUAUGGAUUGAAGCUCUACAAGGAGGAGACAGAGUUAGUGAGAGGCCCCCUCUUGAUCAUUUACAUCUUGUCAUGCAGCUUCAACACCUGCUUCACCCCCAUCCUCUAUCUCUUUAUGGGGGAGAAGUUCUGGCAGGUCUUCAGAACGUCUCUUGUCACUCUAGUCAAGGCGGCUUUUGCUGACGAUCUUGGCAGCAGUGGCCCCGAGUCUAGUGGAAGACAUGGGUCAGAAGCUGAGAACACAAAACAAGGUGGUCAGACUUAGGGAGAGUUGAAAACUUGACAUUCUCUUUGUCCCUAGAUUCCUGACAGUUCUAAAUCCUAAUGGGUUCCAAGUAUCUAACUGUUCACGAACCCUGUAAUGUCCCUGGAUUCUAGAUUCCCUCCUCUCUCUAGAAUCCCAUGCAUUCUAGGUCACUCAACUUUUUCAAACUCAAUUUGUCAUCAAUGGCACCAGAUCAGUAGCCAGCCUCAGAAUCUUGUUUGUUUUAGAUCUCUCAAUGUGUUCUCAUCUAAUUGAUUCUCUUGGAUUUUGCAUCACUAGCUGGUUCUGGAAUCUCCUUUAUAGUAAGCCUCUUAAUGUGUUCAAACUCAAAGUCUAUGAGUUCUAGAUUCCCAACAGGAUCUAGGACAUCACUGGAUUCUAGACUGCUUUCAAACCCCAUAGAAUCCAACAGGUUCCAGAUUGUUUGCUAAAAGUCUCAAUGGGGUUCUAGAUUUCCAAAUGGUUUACAAUCCAUUAGGUGUGGUAUAUUAUAUAAGGGUCUAGUAUCAGGGGAUAGCUGUGUUAGUCUAGAUCUGUAAAAGCAGCAAAGAAUCCUGUGGCACCUUAUAGACUAACAGAUGUUUUGGAGCAUGAGCUUUUGUGGGUGAAUACCCACUUCGUCGAAGGGUCUGUAUAUUGCUAUAGUGAUAUCUAGAUCUUCUCUAGUGCUUGUCAUGAGUAGAUCUCAAAGAACUUUAGCAAGGAGGUCAGUGGCAGUCUUCCAGUUUUCACAAAUGGGGAAACUGAGGCACGGAGUGGGGAAGUGACUUUGCCAAGGUCAUCCAAUAGAACCUUUGGUCCAUCCAGUGGCACGACCCAGAACAAACCCAUGUCAGCUGUGUCCCAGCCCAGGUCUCUGUCCAUGGAUCCCCUUAGAUUGUGAGCUGUCUGGGACAGACACUGUGUUUUUGCUCUGUGUUUUGUGAGGUCCUGAGCCAGGAUUUGGGGUUCCCAAUGCUACCAAAAUAAAAGAUAAUAAUAAAUAAUAAUUCCCGGGCAUUCCUUGAACUACAUACAUUCUGUAAGUUUUCUGUGGUGGCUCUGACAUAAUUUACAAACACUGUGUGACCCACUCACUGGGAUAUUUAGUGUGGAGAGUCUCUGGCUUAGUUUAAGAGUGACCAGUCAGGAAAAGAAGCCAGGAGAAUGAAGAGCGAAGAGCAAAGAAACCACCUGCCCAUGAACAUUCAGGGUAGUGAAGAGGUAACGUCCAAGCUAGUAACCGUAUCGCUGUACGGAAUGUGGAUGACCAUUCUUAACAUUAUGGAUACCAAUAUUAUGAAAUUGCAUGAAUUAUACCAGAUAUGCCACGUAAGAUAUUAGUGGUAAUAUAUGAUUUUCUAAAUAUAGUAAGUUUGUUUAUAUGUAUGUGUGAUAUAUGUAGUGUGAGUUAUAAAUAUGUGCGGUAUAUUGAUAGUGUGCUGUGUAUCUGGGUGAAACCCCCAGAUAGAUUGGCAUUAGCACUGCCUAGACUGUUGGAUGACUCAUCAAGGGAAAUCAUUGUACAAUAAACCCACUGAGAGAAGCCGGGGGCUAUGCGUUUGAGUCAGCGGGACUUGUUGGGACAUGCCUGUGGACAGGAGACUCCUAGAGCUUUUCCGUACCUGCAUGCUGGGAACUUGUGUUUGGGACAGAGGAUGUACCCAGGAUAGAAGAUGGCAGAUGCACCUUCUCCAUUUUGUCUUCAAUCAUCCUUUCAACUCUGAAGUAACUUCUCUACAAACUGCACCUCUGAACAAAGGACUGAAUGACCAAUCCAAGCUUUGGGUGUGUUCCAGGGGGACUUUACAAGCCAGCAAACUGACCACUGAUAAAUGGGCUUUGAAGUGUCUGUGUGUAUCUGAUUGCUUGGAACCAUUUAAC